AUGGAGGUGAGAGACGGGGACACCUGCCCUCCCCUUCACCUCCAAGGCCUGAGGGAGGGAUUUGAGCCUAAAGUAGCGUUCCGUGGAGGUGCGAAUCGCUGCUGGAACCUCACUGUCGACACCAGCAGCAGAUUAUCUGAUGUAUUCAACAGCGUGAUGUUGACUGGCUCCACUUCCUUCUAUGAUUGCUACAAAUCGCAGAAUGAAGACAAUAUAGACCUAAGGCAGACCUACACUCCACUUUCUUCAUCCACAGAAUAUGCAAGUUCUAUAGAAUCUUCACUUUUCUAUGCACCAUGGUCUACUUAUGGAGAUGAUAUUAAACAACCUUCUAAUUCUCAGAUGAAUGUAAAGAACAGGAUUCAAACUGAAAGAAAUGACUAUGGCAGUGAAACUGACUUAUAUGGACUUGUGUCUAACAUUCUGGAAGAACAAGAUAAGUCACAGCCAUAUUUUGCUGAAGGGACCUGCUCCACCAAUUUAAAGUCAGUUUGGCCAAUGAACACAAGCAGAUUUGUAGAUCACCAUGACCUCUUGACAGAAACCAAAAGGCCAAUAGAUACAGCUAUCUCUCAGCAAGCUUUUUAUAGUGGUGAAUCUGUGUCAGCAGUGGAAAAGCAAUACUUGCAUAAUAGUAAUCUCACACCACAACAAAAAAUAGAUGAACUUUAUCAUGGAUUUACUGGAUUAGACCUUGAAGAACAAUGGAUAUACCCCUCACGAAGUGAUCAUUCUAACUGUUACAAUAUUCAGACAAAUGAUACAGCUAAGGCAACAUUCCAAGAAUAUCCAUUUAUCAAAAACUGUUUUACACCACAAACUGGUCUGUCUGAUAUCAUGAAAGAAUCAGGAAUUGAUACUUACCCUUAUGGAAGAGAGAAAAUAUGUGCUAAAGGUCUUGAAGCACCAUUACAACAAAAAAGGGCAGAGAUGUUUCUUUCCCAAUUUAGUAGAUACAAUGAAAAUGCAGAUUAUUGUAGAUACCCAGAAUAUGCUCAUCCUAACAAGGCUAAGCUUAAUAAAUGUUCAAACUUUAGUGUCCAGGAUGGUAAAAAAUUAGCCAAUGGCACACCUGAAACACCAACUGUAGAAGCAGAUGCCUAUACAAAGUUAUUUCAGGUUAAACCAGCAAAUCAGAAAAAAAUGGAGGAAACAUUACCUGACCAGCAGAAUUUCACAUUUCCAAAAACCACACCACAUUUGACUGAAAAACAGUUUGCAAAGGAAGCAGCAUUCACUGCUGAUUUUGGCUUAAAAUCAGAAUAUGGACUAAAACCUCACACAACUUGUCCAGCUAAUAAUGAUUUUGCUAAUGUCACAGAAAAGCAACAGUUUGCUAAACCUGAUCCCCCAAAUUCUGAGUAUUUUAAAUCAGUGAAUUUAUUAUCAAACUCAGCAACAUCUUCAGGAGGUGUCAAUUUAAACAGACCAACUUGGAUGAAUAUUCAAACAAAAAAUAACACUCCUAUUCCUUAUAGAAAUCAAGGUAACUUGAUGAAAUUAAAUAGUCAUUUAAGUGCAGCUUCAAAAGGUUCUAACCAUUCUUCAGAUUUCCCCCAACUAUCAUCCACAAAUUUAACCCCAAAUAGCAAUUUAUUUCAGAAGUAUUGCCAAGAAAACCCUUCAGCAUUUUCUAGUUUUGAUUUCAGUUACAAUGGUGCAGAAAGAAUUCAAUCUAUCAAUCACAUGGAAGGACUGACAAAGACUGGAGAAGAAAAUCUCUUUGAAUCGGUUACAGAUAAAAAAAUAAAGCAGCCAAAUGGAUUUUGUGAUAAUUAUUCAGCUCAGCAGUAUGGGAUCAUUGAAAAUGUAAACAAACAUAAUUUUCAAGCCAAGCCCCAGAGUGGACAUUAUGAUCCUGAGGAAGGUCCAAAGCAUUUAGAUGGCUUAUCUCAAAAUACAUAUCAAGAUCUAUUGGAGUCACAGGGUCAUUUUAAUAGCCACCGACAAGGAAGUGGAGACAGCAAUAUUAAUAGCCGUGUGAAUCGCACACAGGCAUCAUGCUUUUCUAAUAAUUAUAUGAUGGGAGAUUUAAGGCAUAAUCAGGGUUUUCAACAACUUGGUUCAAAUGGAUUUCCCCUAAGAUCUACCCACCCAUUUGGCCAUUCAGUUGUUCCACUGUUGGAUUCCUAUGAUUUGUUUUCUUAUGAUGACUUAAGCCAUUUAUACCCUUAUUUUAAUGAUAUGAUGUAUGGUGAUAAUUCCUUUUCUGGUUUCGUGCCAACUUUUGGAUUUCAAAGACCAAUUAAAACUAGAAGUGGACCAGCCAGUGAACUUCAUAUUCGUCUAGAAGAGUGCUAUGAACAAUGGAGAGCAUUAGAAAAGGAGAGAAAAAAGACUGAAUUAGCUCUUGCCAAGAAUUAUCCAGGGAAAAAAGUAUCCAGUACUAACAAUACUCCAAUUCCAAGGCUGACCUCCAACCCAUCUAGAGUUGAUCGCUUAAUUGUGGAUGAACUUCGAGAACAAGCCAGAGUUGUGACUUUACUAGGCAAAAUGGAACGUCUUCGAAGCUCUCCACUUCAUGCCAAUAUCUCUACUGCUCUUGAUAGACACUUGGAGUCCAUUCACAUUGUACAGUCACGUAGAAAAGAUGAAAUUGUUAAUGCUUCAAAUCGGCAAAGGCAAGGAGUGCCUAGAUGCCAAGAUGAAAGAGAUGUUUUUGCCCUUGCUUCAGCAAUUAAAGAGAUGUGUGUGGCUACUCGGAAAGCACGCACUACUCUAUGGUGUGCACUGCAGAUGACCUUGCCCAAAACAGCAAGUACAGCUGGUCAAGCAGAUGUGGAAAAGGCUUUCCAAGAUAUAGUAAACUGUGAAGAAAAAGUCCAUGAAAGCAUAAAUAGUAGCAAUCCAAUGAACCAGAGAGGUGAAACAAACAAACAUUAA